AUGAAUCAUCCCCCCGGAAGCUGCGCUCCUGGGUUGUCUGCCACGCCUACCUUUGCCGGUGCCACUUUACUUUCGCUCAAGACCAGCGAUAACAAAUACCUUCUCUCAUCCGAUUACCAUCUAUCACUUCCGCGACAGAUCACCGCCAUCAUGCAGAUCUUCGUCAAGACCUUGACCGGCAAGACCAUCACUCUCGAGGUUGAGUCUUCCGACACUAUCGACAACGUCAAGUCCAAGAUUCAGGACAAGGAGGGCAUCCCCCCCGAUCAGCAACGUUUGAUUUUCGCCGGCAAACAGCUUGAGGACGGCCGCACCCUCUCUGAUUACAACAUUCAGAAGGAGUCUACUCUUCACCUUGUUCUCCGCCUCCGUGGUGGUAUGCAAAUUUUCGUCAAGACACUCACUGGCAAAACUAUCACUCUCGAGGUUGAGUCAUCCGAUACCAUCGACAAUGUCAAGUCAAAGAUCCAGGACAAGGAGGGCAUCCCUCCUGAUCAGCAGCGCCUGAUCUUUGCUGGCAAGCAACUUGAGGACGGCCGAACCCUCGCCGACUACAACAUUCAGAAGGAAUCUACCCUUCAUCUCGUCCUCCGCCUCCGUGGUGGUAUGCAAAUCUUCGUCAAGACCCUCACUGGAAAGACCAUUACUCUGGAAGUCGAGUCAUCCGAUACCAUUGAUAAUGUGAAGAGCAAGAUUCAAGACAAGGAGGGUAUUCCUCCCGAUCAACAGCGACUCAUCUUCGCUGGCAAGCAACUUGAGGACGGCCGAACUCUUUCCGACUACAACAUCCAGAAGGAAUCUACCCUCCACUUGGUUCUCCGUCUUCGUGGUGGUAUGCAGAUUUUCGUCAAGACUCUCACCGGAAAGACGAUCACCCUUGAGGUCGAGUCCAGUGACACUAUCGACAACGUGAAGAGCAAGAUUCAGGACAAGGAGGAUGGUCGCACCCUGAGCGACUACAACAUCCAGAAGGAGUCAACUCUCCACCUCGUUCUCCGACUUCGCGGCGGCCAGUAA